AUGAAGCUCGCCAUUCUCGCCUCCUUCGCAGCCACCGCGCUCGCCCAGAACGCCUUCGUCUACCUCCCCAACGGCGACCAGCUCAAGGCCGGCAGCGACGUCGUCGUGCAAGUCACUCGUCCUAACUCCCUCACCGGCUCGACCGAGAUUGGCGUCGCCAUUGGCGUGCAGUCAUGCCCGUCGUCCGCCUGCCGCGUCGACACCAUCGGCACCACGCUCUUCGCCGGCGAGUUCAAGCCUGAAUACCACGGCCAAACCGGCGGUGGCCAGCCCUACCAGAACUACACCGUCACUAUCCCCGAGGAGACCGCCAAGGGCCGCGCUUUCAUCGAGGUGGCUCAUGCCACCAUUGUCGGUGCGAGCACUUGGCCUCUUUUGGAGCUGAUUAAUGCCACUGCGACUAUUGUUUAGACUAUAGAUUAUUGAGUGGUGGGUUGAGAGACCGAUGGAUGGUGUU